AUGGCGGGUGAGAAGGUCGACAAGAUUCGUCAAAUCGUACGUCUCAAGCACCUCAUGUCGCGCUGGAAGAACAUCAGCCUCCGCCGCCGUUCCGAUGACCCUUCCUCCACGCGCCGCCCUCCCUCCGGCUUCACCUUCGUCUACGUCGGCCCCGACCGCACGCGCUUCGCCAUCCCGGCGCGUUUCCUCAACCUCCCCGUCUUCGAAGACCUUCUCAAACAAACGGAGGAACAGUUCGGACUCCGAGGUAACGGCGGUUUGGUCCUCCCUUGCCAAGUCCCCUUCUUCUCUAACGUCGUUAAGUUUCUCCACAAAGACGAACACAAGUACGGAAAACUCUCUCUGCAAGACUUCCUCAACUUGGUCUCCGACGCUGACGUGAACGAUUCCUGUAAGGAAAACGUCGUCGUUUUCACCCCUCUGCUGCAGAAAGCAGAGGUUUGA